AUGGGAACAAAAGAGUCGCAUCCGACAUCAGCAUCAUCAGAAUCUCGGUCGGCCUCAACAUCAACCGAGAUCUCGUCAUCGUCCUCCGAGUCCUCGUCGACUACCAAGUCAAAAUCUUCGACUUCAACGACAACCACGUCUGAGAGAGCACCAACUCGUGCAGCGGCAGCCGAGAUCCCCGAGUCGACUUCGAGACCUAGCUCUACUCAAUCAUCUCGCCAUCCAUCUGCCACUCUGUCAUCAAUUUUCUUCAAAGAGACUCCCAGUUUCUCAUCAGAGUCCCUCCAAACUCUCAAAACCGAAGAGUUGACCCCCACGAACCUGGUGCCCGUCGCUUCACAGACACUAUCGCCGACUUCUCACCAAACUAAAAGCCUUUCUCCCGGAGCCGUUGCAGGGAUUGCAGCCGGCUGUGUCGUAGGCGGUCUCCUCGUGGGCCUCAUUGCUGCUCUGCUGCUACUCCGCCGUCGGAAAGGCAAAAGGCCCUCUACUCCCAGCGAUGCGGCAGCAAUCCUCACCGAGUCCAAAGCGCCUUCAGUGGUGGAAACGAGCGAAAGUCUCAACGCUGGCACAGGCUCUGGCACCGGCGUCCAAAUGGAUCAGUUUCUCCUCGAUGGCGCUCCUGACCAGGAGAUCAUCAAUGAGCUGCAAUCUCUGGGUGAACUCAUUCGUCAACAUGUGGAGGAUCACUAUACUCUUCAGCCUGUUGAGUCCGACGUAGAAGAGCUCUCGCAGUUGCUUCAGAAGCUGGAAUUAGGUCCAGAAGUAGACACUCAAGCAAUUGCUGCUCUAUGCUCGAACAGCUCUUCUCGGCAACUUGGACUUCGCUGCGUCAUUUCACGUGUCAUAUUUACGAGCAUCGACUUUCACUCCGCCGGCGGGCUAUCGCUUCUUCCCGAGCCAGUUGCUGGAUUGCUCCAGUCGAUACCUGCAGCCAAGCCCAACGAGAGCGAUUCUCAAGCAUUCUCUCAGGCUCUGCACUCAUGGCGUCGUCAAUCCGCUUUCCUCCUCCAUGCUGAUCGCAGUCAACGAACCGCCCUCCAAGUCGAUGCAUCCAUGAUCGCACCGCGGGCUCAGAUGCUUACACUCUCCCUUAACAAGUUCCUAGCUACUUUUGUCAACCCAGGGACAGACGAGGAGCAAACCAGCCAUCUCCAGGAUGUUGUCCUCGAGUGUGCAAAGCUCGGCUACAUGCUCUUUUCUCAUCCGGUCGACUGGCGCUUCGUUUUUGAAGGCGCUCCGACCGGAACUGCUAGCAUAAGUACAAUUGUUGUUUGCCCCGGACUGGAGAAGUGCAGCGAUCGCGAAGGGAAUCCGUAUGUACCCCCACGAAGAGUUGCGGCCCCGAUUGAGGCAGCCCUAUAG